AUGGGGAAACGUUCUCCGGCGUUUUCAAUAAAAAUUCCCGAAAAUAAUUUUUUUUUCAAUCAUAUAUCAAAGAAAUCUUCAAUUACGCUUCCUAAAUUAUUACUUUGUGAAUCACCUGUUUCCCCACCAACAAAAUCUGACGAAGAAUUUGAAAUAGAAUUGGAUCGCUCAAGGAACGAGUUUAAUCAAUUCAAUAAGGAUUUGGAUGAAAAACAAGAUAAUGUAGAAGAAUGUAUAAUGGCAACACAAGAAAAAAUCUUCGAAAAUGAAGUUCGUUUAUCGAAACUACAGUUUUUUCAUAAUGAAGCACAUGAGGAAGUUAACAAUGAUCUAAAAAGGAUCCAAGAACAAAUUUAUGAGAUCCUUGACAAACAUCGAUGUUCGCGUUCUAAUGUGACUAACCUUUGUAAUAAUCAAACAAGAACUACUGAACAACUUGAUUAUAUGUUACAAGCUAUACAAGAGUAUGCUCGACUAAUAGAAGAAGCUAGCCUCACUAUUAAACAUUUUGGAGAUGUUGGUUCACCUAUAAAAUAUGAGUCACUAGAUUUAUCCCCAUUUCGACAAUUCGAGGGCAGCAUUUCCUAUUUCGACGACCAAAUUCACAAUUCAACACAUUCCACACAUUCCACACAUGGUGUUUCGCCAGUUACGAAAUCUUCAGAAUCUCUUGAGUCACCAAGCGCUUCUUCAUCAACUACCAAUACAGCCGCAACCACUCCUACAAGUUUUAUUACUGAUUCCUCUGAAUUUUCACCUCUUUCUCCUGAAGACCAAUCUCCAAAUAAACCGAUACAUCCGUUACCUCGCUAUCAAAUCAAACAUCAAAAAUUGUUGCUUUUAAGUAUGCGACGUGCAGCUGUAGGAUUAAAAUUCCUUUUAUAUGCCAACAAAUUAAAUGAUUAUAAAAAUGAUUGCCCAGAUAGCGAUUGUGACCUGGAUUUAGGAUUAUAUGAUGACUCAUUAACUGAAGAAGUGGUUACGACUACUUAUAAGGAUGUUAUUGUUCCUAAAAAAAGUGGAGAUGUGGAUGUGAAUUGUAAAAGCAGCAGUGAAUCUAAUAAUACUCCCGGAAAUAUAUGUGUAACUAUACGAAAAAGAUCGCAUAUUGUUCAUUCAUAUGAUCUACUGCGAUUCGACAAAAGAAUGUUAGUUAAACAGCAAGGAUGA